AUGCACCCCAACCUCCUGCUCCGAGAAGCAGGCUAUCGCGUCCGCAUCCAGGAGAAACUUUAUCCCCGGUUGCUAUACCGAGGUCUUGACCACUCUGCCGAACUGGCGUUUGCUGUGGAGCCAAGCGAUGAUGUAGCAGUCCCUGGGCAGCCUAUAGUGCUGGGCUGCAGGGUAGAAGGGACCCCUCCAGUGCGAAUCACCUGGAGGAAGAAUGGGGUGGAGCUGUUGGAGAGUCCUCACUCCACCAUGCUGGCCAAUGGGUCCUUGAUGAUCCGUCACUUCCGGCUGGAUCAAGGAGACAGCCCUUCAGACGAGGGCGACUAUGAGUGUGUGGCUCAGAACCGCUUUGGGCUGGUCGUUAGCCGGAAGGCGCGCAUCCAGGCAGCAACCAUGUCGGACUUCCACGUGCACCCCCAGGCCGUCGCAGGCGAGGAGGGCGGCGUGGCCCGCUUCCAGUGCCAAAUCCACGGGCUUCCCAAACCCCUGAUCAUGUGGGAGAAGAACAGAGUCCCCAUCGAUACGGACAACGAGAGGUACACAUUGCUGCCCAAGGGCGUCCUGCAGAUUACAGGACUUCGGGCUGAGGACAGCGGUGUCUUCCAUUGCGUGGCCUCGAACAUUGCCAGCGUCCGGGUCAGCCACGGGGCCAGGCUCACUGUGUCGGGCGCCGGCUCCGGGGUCUACAAGGAGCCGACGAUCCUCGUGGGGCCUGAGAACCUCACCCUGACCGUGCACCAGACUGCGGUGCUGGAGUGUGUCGCCACGGGCAACCCGCGCCCCAUUGUGUCCUGGAGCCGCCUGGAUGGCCGACCCAUUGGGGUGGAGGGCAUCCAGGUUCUGGGCACAGGGAACCUCAUCAUCUCAGAUGUGACCGUGCAGCACUCAGGCGUCUACGUCUGUGCGGCCAACAGGCCUGGCACCCGGGUGAGAAGAACAGCACAGGGCCGGCUGGUGGUGCAAGCCCCAGCAGAGUUUGUCCAGCACCCCCAGUCCAUUUCCAGACCAGCCGGGACCACAGCCAUGUUCACCUGCCAAGCCCAGGGUGAGCCGCCCCCUCACGUCACGUGGUUGAAGAAUGGACAGGUGCUGGGGCCAGGAGGCCACGUCAGGCUCAAGAAUAACAACAGCACCCUGACCAUUUCUGGAGUCGGCCCUGAAGAUGAGGCCAUCUACCAGUGUGUGGCCGAGAACAGUGCUGGCUCCUCACAGGCCAGUGCCAGGCUGACCGUGCUCUGGGCUGAGGGGCUGCCCGGGCCCCCCAUCAACGUGCGGGCGGUCUCCAUAUCACCCACCGAGGUCCGAGUGUCCUGGAAUGAGCCCCUGGUCAACACCAAGGAGAUCAUCGGCUACGUCCUGCACAUCCGGAAGGCUGCUGACCCACCAGAGCUGGAGUAUCAGGAAGCAGUCAGCAAAGGCACCUUUCAGCACCUGGUGAGCGACCUCGAGCCCUCCACCGCCUACAGCUUCUACAUCAAAGCCUACACCCCCCGGGGGGCCAGCUCAGCCUCUCCCCCGACCCUGGCCAGCACCCUGGGCGAAGCACCCGCCCCACCCCCCUUGUCAGUGCGAGUCCUGGGCAGCUCCACCCUGCAGCUGCUGUGGGAGCCCUGGCCCCGGCUAGCCCUGCAUCGGGGCGGUUUCAAGCUGUUUUACCGCCCAGCAAGCAAGGCCGCCUUCACCGGCCCCAUCGUGCUGCCUGGAACUGUCUCCUCCUACAACCUCAGCCAGCUCGACCCCACUGCAGUGUACGAGGUGAAGCUGCUCGCCUACAACCAGCAUGGGGAUGGCAACGCCACAGUCCGCUUUGUGUCUUUGAGGGGAGCAUCUGAGAGGACAGCCCUGAGCCCACCGUGUGACUGCCGGAAGGAGGAGGCCACCAACCAGAUGUCCACCACAGGCAUCGUCAUCGGCAUCCACAUCGGGGUCACCUGCAUCAUCUUCUGUGUCCUCUUCCUCCUGUUCGGCCAAAGGGGCAGGGUCCUCUUGUGUAAGGAUGUAGAAAACCAGCUGUCCCCUCCUCAGGGCCCCCGGAGCCAGAGGGACCCUGGUAUCCUGGCACUGAAUGGGGCCAGACUGGUAGAUCGGGACCAACUGGGCCGAGACGAGAAACGUGCGGACAUGAAGGAACUGGAGCAGCUGUUCCCCCCGGCCCGGGCAGCGGGCCAGCCAGACCGCAGCCCCAGCCCCAGCCCCACGCAGGAUCCUGCGGCCCCUGCCCUGUGUGAGGAGACCCCGCUCUCCAUGCUGCCACUUCAGGGGGUCGGCCUUCGGGAGGAGAGGACGUCGGAGGCCAAGGCUCCCUGCGCAGGCCUCACAGCUGCCCCCCCACCUCAGGACGCAGGCUCCGGCCUCCUCAGUGAAGGACAAGCUGCCCGGCCUUCCUCAGCACCAGCUGCCCAGCCAGCUCUCUCGGGACAGUAGCCAGUGUCUGGACAGCUCUGGAGGGGGGCAACCCCCCAUUCUCAGGUCAAAGGCAAGGUUUCUCCAGUCGUGUGGGAUUCGGAUGGGGGCUUCCCAGCAUUUCUGACUGCCCCCAGGUUGUCAAGGCCUACAGAAGCCUCGGCAGGGAGCCCCCCAAGGACCUGGAGGGGCCUCUGCAGGAGCCCCUCCCUUGGGCUAGUGCCCCCUCACCUCUGCCUGGUACCCAUAUGACUUGGAAUGAACUGUUUUCCUUAAAAAAAAACACAAAAAAACUUAAAACUAAAAAAAAAAGAGAGAGAGAGAAGAGAGAGGAUGGUGAAUCAGACUCCAAAAAUAUGCCCUGCUGUGGCCGGGCCCCUGGCACUGCCACCCUCCACCCACCUUGUUUUCUCAGGAUGGAUUUUGCUGUUUUGGUUCUCAGCACCUACCUCAGCCGGAAUGAAUGUCCGUGGGGGAGUGGCCGUGGCCUCAGCCCCUCUUCCCCACAGAGCCCCGAAUGCACUCCUACCUCAAGCCCCUUUAUGGGCACCCCCUCCCCUUCCCCACAUUAUAGUUUAGAGUUUAAAAAAAAAAAAAGCAAAAAAAAAAAAAAAAGGCGCUUCCCUAUUACCAGGUGUGAAAGAAACCGUCUACCUCAAGGCCCACUGGCUCUCGGGCCUGUGUUGCUAUCACUGGACCCUCUUGCUGGCUCCUCCUCCUGCCCACAGCCCUGGCUCUCCCCAGAGGAGGCCAGAGGCUGAGCCACCAAGGGUAGGCCUCUCGGGGCCUAUAGAAAUGAAGAUGGAAUUGGUCAAAUAAUGGGAAAAAAGCCAAAAAUGAGAGGAAAAUUUGUUCCUUGAAAUGUAAAUUGUUGCUCCAAACGAAGCCAGUGCUGGUUGUCUCGUCUGCUCUAGCCACUCCCAUUUGACCCUCUCAGCCAACUCACCCUGGACUGGGAUCCCCUCGGCCCUCUCUCUUCCUGGGCCUCGGGAGGGUGGGACGUCACUCUGAAGCCUGCCCCCCCGUCCCGCCCAGACACCGAGCCCGGAGCAGGCCGGCCCCUGGAAUGUACUGUGUGCGUGAUGGGUGUGUGUGUGCGUGGGGAGGGUCCCCAGCGGAGGCUCUCCAGACCUCUGUCCCAUGGGACACAGCCAGCUUGACCCACCCCCUGGACAGUGGAAAGACCGCUGUCAGCAAGUGUGGCCGGAAGCUAUUUUUAUACAAGGUGUGUUUAAGGGUGUUGAUGUUGUGACUGCUUGUUUCUCUUUUCUGUUGUGUUGUCCUUUGAGAUACUUAGUUAAAGAAGGAAAAAGAAAACCAAGGAAACAAAUACCUAUUUUUUAUGACACUCAGAAACAUUUUUUUAAAUAGCAGAAAGGAACUUUUUUUUAAAGGGAGAAAAGAUAAGUGUAUUCCUUAAGUGUGAGAUUAGACUAUAAAGUCCCUGACCCCCAACCCCCUAGGGCCCCUCACCCUGAACUUUAAUUAGCUGAAGCAGGUAGACUUUGUGAUGUUUCCCUAGAAGACUGGAGUCGUAUCCGCGUGGACUCAGAAGGGCGGUCCGCCCCAUCUCCCAAAUGCUGGGCCCGUGCUGAGGGCUUCUCCAAGCUCCCAGACAGGCCUUGGUCCCCGCAGUGGCUUCUCCGCACCCCCUUCAUCCAGUAACCCCCUCUCCUGUGGGAAGGGUGGGUCUAGGGGAGGAAGGGGAGGGGGGGCCACCUAGCCUGACUGGGCCUGACUUCUGUCACACUCUGCUCAUUCUGACUGAAUAAAAGUCCU